UUUACCCCUCCGCGGCCAUUUCGGCUCAAGCGCGCUGUCGGGGGAGCUGGGGCACCUUGGUGACGGGGCCACGGGUGAGCGCUGCCUGGGGCGGCCGCUUCCCGCAGCGGCUGAGCCCAGGUCGCCCUCCUGACGAUCGGCGCCGAGGGCCUCGGCGUGCAUGAGAACGAGUGCCUUGUGACAUGCGCGCCUGCGAGUCCAUCGGCGCUGGGGGUCCCGACGCCACCAUGCACGAGUACCUCCUGACGAUCGGCGCCGGGGGCCUCAGCGUGCACAGGCUCGCGCGCGAGGAGCUGCGGAGCGUCGUCGGCGCGCAGCGCGUGGAGGACAGCGGCGUGGGCGGCCAGGCGAGGCGUAUCUUCUUCUGGGCGCUGCCGCAGCCGUCGCAGUUUUGCGAGCUGAAGGUGCCCGAGAAGGUGUACGCCGUGGUCCUGCGCGUGCCCACCCGCGACCUGGGGCUGCCGGAGGGGGAGGCCGAGGCCGAGGCCGCGCUGGCCGCCGCCGUCGUCUCCAGCGGCGGCUGGGCGCCCGCGCUGGAGAGCUGGAGGGCCUUCGCUGGCGCGGGCGGCGGCGAGGCGGCAGGCGCGGGCGUGGCGCGAGGGCCCCGCAGCUUCCGCGUCUCGGGCUACCGCGCCGGGCGGCUCGCGGCGCAGCUCUCUUCCAACGGCAUAUCCGAGGCAGUCGGCGAGGCCCUCGCGGAGGCGCGAGGCUGGCAGGUGGACCUGAAGGGCUUCGAGCUCGAGGUGGUGGUGCACAUCAACGACGACAUGCUGCUCGUGACGGUCCCGCUCCUGGAGCGCCGCGCCGCCCCGCAGGCCAACUUCGCCCUGCCCGGCCUGGCGCAGCCCGUGGCGUGGGCGGUGGCCAGGAGCGCCAACAUCGCCCCGGGCGAGCUGGUCGUCGAUCCGAUGUGCGGCUCGGGGAUCAUCCUGCUGGAGGCGGCGCAGUGCUGGCGCGGCGCCGCCUACCUCGGCUUCGACCUCGACGAGGCGCAGCUGCGCCGCUUCGCCGGCAACCUGCGGCAGCUCUCGCGGGGCCACGCGAUCUCCGCGUGCCGGGCCGAUGUCGUUCGGCUGCCCCUCCCGGACGGUAGCGUCGACGCCAUCGUGUGCGAUCUGCCCUUCGGCAGGCAGCACGGGACCAUGGAGAGCGUUGCCUUGCUGUACCCAGCCGCGGUCGCGGAGUUCCGGCGCGUGCUGCGGUCGGGCAGCGGGCGCGCGGUCCUCCUCACCAGCCAGGCCAACUCGGAGAUGCUGGCCGACAUCUUCGCCCGCGCGCCCGCGGAGUAGUCAGGAGUGGACGGUGACCUGCCGCCGCCGCAUGCUCCUGGGGAAGAUGGAGGCCGUGCUGCUGCUGGCGGAGGCCCGGCCCACCGGGGCCGCGCCCGGCGAGCCCGGCGCGCUGCCCGCGGAGAGCAUGCGGCUGCCCUGGGAGCAGCGCAUGGGCCGGGCGUGCUGGAACGCCGACAAGGCGGUGCUGCGCCCUCCGCUGACCUCUGUUGCCGCGGGCCGCGGUCGCAACCGCAGUGGCGCGACGCUGACCUCGG